AUGGCGCAGGAGGAGGGCGGGAGCCUGCCCGAGGUGCCGGCGCGGGUCGGGGCCUCGCACCGCGUCACCGACCUGGCCCUCAAACUCCACUUCUAUGACGGCUGGGCCCCAGGCUACGAUCAGGACGUGGCCGCCCUACAGUACCGCGCCCCUCGCCUCGCAGUGGACUGCCUCACCCAAGCCCUUGCAGGCCCGCCCCACACCACCCUGAUUCUGGGUGUGGCUUGUGGCACUGGCCUAGUGGCUGCUGAGCCGCAGGCUCGGGGCUUCCUCCAGCUGCACGGGGUGGAUGGGAGCCCAGGGAUGCUGGAACAGUCUCGGGCUCACGGCUUCUACCAGUGCCUCAGCCUCUGCAUACUGGGCCAGACUCUGCCCAGCCCUGAAGGGACCUUCGAUGCAGUGCUGAUGGUGGGUGCCCUCAGUGACGGCCAGGUGCCCUGUAGUGCAGUACCUGAGCUCCUGCGCGUCACUAAGCCAGGUGGGCUGGUGUGUCUGACCACCAGGACCAACCCGUCCAACCUUCGAUUUAAGGAGGCACUAGAGGCCACCCUGGACCAGCUGGAGCAGGCUGGGGCAUGGGAACGCCUGAUGGCCUGGCCUGUGGACCGGUGGGAGCUGGCCACCUCUGAGGUUGAGGUGGUGCCUGGCACCUCUGCCAAUGACGGCUUCAUCUCGGGUAUCAUCUACCUGUACCGAAAGCAGGAGGUGGCCCAGGCCAAGGGGGCGAGGCCCAGCCCUCAGCCCCUGCUGGGCCUCUGA